AUGGCCAUGCAGCCUCAGCAGCAUGGCCCUCCUGGGCCUCCUCCGCCCCCGAGCCUGCAGCAUGGCCAGAACUAUGCGCCGUCGCGCCAGAUUCUCCUCAUGAACGAGGCCGUUUGGAUGCAGAUUGGUAGCUUCGCUGAGCUGCUCGGCAACCUCGACGAGGCCAUGAAGGCCUACGAUCGUGCGUUGCAGGCGAACCCGCAAUCCGUAGCUGCUAUGAACGCCAUCAGCUUGAUCCUGCGCACGCGCGAGGAGUUCAACAAGGCCGUCGACUACUUGCAGGCGAUCCUUAAGAUCGACAACACCAAUGGUGAAGCCUGGGGCAGUCUAGGCCACUGCUACCUUAUGAUGGACGAUCUGCAGCAAGCUUACGCUGCCUACCAGUCUGCUCUCGUCAACUUGAGGAGCCCUAGGGAGCCCAAGUUGUGGUAUGGCAUUGGUAUUCUCUACGACCGAUAUGGCUCUCUCGAGCACGCCGAGGAGGCCUUCUCCCAAGUCAUGCAGAUGCAGCCCGACUUCGAGAAGGCAAACGAAAUCUACUUUCGUCUCGGUAUAAUAUAUAAACAGCAGCAGAAGUUUGGUCAGAGUUUGGAGUGCUUCAAGUACAUUGUCAACUCCCCGCCGCCUCCCCUGACCGAGGAGGAUAUCUGGUUCCAGAUUGGACACGUCCAUGAACAGCAGAAAGACUAUGACAGCGCCAAGGCUGCUUACCAGCGGGUCCUCGAGCGCGAUCCCAGUCACGCAAAGGUCCUGCAACAGCUCGGCUGGCUUCACCACCAGCAGAGCAGCAGCUUCCAGAGCCAAGAGCGCGCCAUUGAGUUCUUGGAGAAGUCUGUUGCUGCUGACCAGGGCGACGCGCAAAGUUGGUACCUGCUCGGUCGGUGCUACAUGUCCCAGCAAAAGUACCCCAAGGCGUACGAGGCGUACCAACAAGCCGUCUAUCGUGAUGGGCGCAACCCCACGUUCUGGUGCUCUAUCGGUGUCCUUUACUACCAGAUCAACCAGUACCGUGAUGCGCUUGACGCCUAUUCCCGCGCCAUCCGCCUCAACCCCUUCAUCUCUGAGGUGUGGUACGACUUGGGUACUCUGUACGAGUCCUGCAACAACCAAAUUAGUGACGCUCUGGAUGCGUACCAGCGCGCUGCAGAGCUGGACCCCCAGAACCCUCACAUCAAGGCGCGACUCCAGCUGCUCAGGAACGGCGGCGCCAACGGUGGCCAGCCCCCAUCCGCCCCUCAGCCGGCCGACGUUCACCCGCAGGCCUACCAAGUCGGUCCCCCGGCUCCUCAGUGGGGAAGCUCUGCUCCCAGCGGAGGCCAGCAGCAAGGACAGCAGCCGCCUCCGCCUCCCGGACCCAACGGUCCCGGCCCUAACGGUUGGGGCAGACUCGCGGAUAUCAACCCCCCUCCGCAGCCCCCUAACCCUUACGAGCAGCGCGGUGAGCCAUUCCGCGGCCCCGCGCCUCCCAUGCCGCGCCAGCCCAGCCCGAGGCAAGAGCAGCAGCAGCAACAGCACGGCGGUCGCCCGCCCUACCCCGAGUCGAUUCGCCGGGGCCCGACCCCCCCUCCUCCCUCACACUACCAGUCGGGCCCGCCGCAGCAGUCUCAGCAGGCCCACCAAGCCCCUCCCACCUCGGCGCCUCGUAUUCCCAACCCCAACUACUCUCAGCCGUCGUCUGCUCAGAUGCCUCCCAUGCAGACCGGCCCUCCGGGCCCGCCUUCUCAGUUCCGCGGCACCAACAGCCCCCGCCCCGGUGAGAGACCCAUGCACGACAACCGCAUGCCGUCCCCCAAGUCUGCGUACCCUCAACACCAGGCGCCCCCACCUCCGCCUUACGGACAUCACCCUGACGGCCCCACACCGGGUCCCAUGGAGGCGGCACACCCGCCUCCGCCUCCUCCGGGCGCGAUCCCUGCGGACUCUGCCGCCCGCAGCGAGCAUGAUCGCCCGGCUUCCGUUGGACCCAAGCGCAUGCGCGAGUGGGAAGAGGACUCUGCUCACAAGCGGCCUGCCAAUGACGAGAACCGCGCCAGACUGGACGACGUUCGUCCUAGACGUCCGUCUACCCCUCCCGGCUCUCGCGACCCGUACCGUCGCAACUCAUCGGAGGCUCGCCGCUUUGAGGACCAACGUCGCGCCGAGGACCAGCGCAGGGCUGAUGACCAAAGGAGGGCGGAUGACAUCCGUAGGGGCGAGGAGCAGCGCAACGCCAACGACGGCUACCACCCGUCGGAGGCUGCGCACCACCAGCCGAGCCACCCCAUGCCCUCUAACCACCUCCCGCCCAUGCAGUCGGCCGCUGCGCCGAUGCAGAACAUUCUCCAUGAUGGUGGCGCCCAGAACGGCCCGUCCGGACCUCCCUCCGGACCCGCCCCGGGUGUCAAGGAGUACCCUGCUGAGGAGAGAGCGCCCAUGGAGCACACUCCCGCGCCUCGCCCGCCUCAGCCCAGCGAGCCGGAACGCGCGGCUCGCAAGAUGGACGUCGACGAGGACUAUGAUGACAGCGGUGAGGACGAGAAGAAGGCCGCCGUGGCCACGACCAACGGCUCGGGCCCCGCUCCGUCGUCAGGAGAGACCAAGACACCAACAAGCGCAAGCAUCAACGGCAUGAUGGGGCCCACCCCCAAGGUUGAAUCGACAUAA